GCAACAAAGCUUGCGCUUUAUCCGCUGGACACUUGGAAAAGCAGGAAGCAGGCCCGACGCUUCGGAGAAACGGCGGAGUUUCGGCACCUCCGCACCCUCACCGGGGUCUAUCGGGGUGUGGUUCCGAAACUGCUACUGUACUCCCCCUACCAGGCUGUGUACAUGAGCGCCUACAUCAGUGCUCGAGAUGCCCUCUCCAAAGGCCCAGCUCCCUUCGGAGACUCUGGUUUGACUUUCGUGACGGCAGCGGUGGUGGCCGAAGUGGCCGGCUCCGUCAUUCGACUCCCGAUGGAGGUGGCGAAGCUCCGGCUGCAGCUUGGUGCCUACCGCAACAGCUUCCAUGCCUUCCAGGAUUUGGGAACGAACCUCAAGGAGCUUUACCGCGGAAGCUUCUUGCCGCAAACAGUCCUGCAUGAUUGCUCCUACAGCGCAUGUGGGUGGCUCAUUUUCGAGACGAGCAGGCAGCAGUUGUAUUCCGUCCGCGGUUCCUCGGACUUGCCAGUGUACGAGAAUCUCUCGCUGGGCGUCUUCACUGGUACUUUGACGGCUUUGGCGUGA